AAACUCGCGACUCGCGGUGCAGUUAAAUGUUCGUGUUCUCCGUAUGUUUUUUGUUUACGUGAAUUUUGGGUGAAUAAAAAUAGUGAAAGUAGAAACUAAUAAAGCCUAAGUGUUCACCUAGGCUUUGUUGAAGUGAUAUUUACAUAAAACAAUUGGAUAAGAACGAGCUUAGUCCUCAUUUUUUGAAAAAGGAGCACAAAGUCGAGAGCAUGGGUCUCCCGCACAUCACGUCCUUCUGCUGGUGCAUGGGCCUGGAGAGCGGCGCUAGAGUCGUCGGCGCCAUGCAUUUGAUCGCCUCAGGCUGCCUCUUAAUUGUGACCUCGCUAAUGGCGCACGACGCUGGCUCGUACGUCGGCACCAUCGAGGACGAGGGCGACCACAUCUACUCCAUCUGGUACCGGAUCGCUAUAGGCGCGGCCGUGCUGACCACGGUGCACGUGCUACUGGCGUUGGCCUUGUUAUACGCUGUGUAUAAGCGUCAUAUCACGAUCCUCCGCGCAUAUGUGUACAUCAUGUGUAUACUGUACGUGUGUGCUCUGCUUUACAUCAUCAUAACGGCGGCGAUGCGCGGCCUGAGCGGCUCGGGCUCUGAUGUGUUCCUCGCCUUUUUGCAGGCUGUGCUCGUCUUUGGAUUUCUGGCGUACUCCAUCCUGUGCGUCCACAGCUACUACCUGAUGCUGCGCAGCGCGGACGACAUGGAAGGACCUAACAAAGCUUAUUAGACCACACAUGUGAAGGUAUAACUUACUUUAUACACAACUUGGUGGCGGGGCGUCCGUAGAACUUCCCGUGUCUUACCUAAUUCAACGCUGACCACUUUCUUUAUACACGAUGGCUAAAAAAUAAGUGCAUUCCCGUUGCCAGGGAGGUUUUGGGAUUAUAUCGAGCAACUUUUACUAUGGGACCAACCACAAAAUCGCGAAAAAAAAAUUUACCCUCCCAUAGAAAAUGGACCAGCCAAAAUGUAUGAAACAGCCAAAUUUUUUUCGCGAUUUCGGGGUUGGUCCCAUAGUAAAAGUUGCUCAGUAUAAUCCCAAAACCUCCCUGGCAACGGGAAUGCACUUAUUUUUUAGCCACCGUGUAUAGGACAGAGAUAUUUAGAUAGGUACAAGCGUUUACUUUCGAAGGACGAACCUAAUGAUGAACCAGAUUUGUCAAAAUCUGUCUUAAGAUACUGGGUAUUAUUAGAAAUGUUUGUUUGUCCGGCAUAAUUUAUAGGUUUUAUUAUAUAUAUUACCUGUGUAUACGCCAAUGACCUGUUCAUAUUAUUAACUAAAAAAACUUGGCUAUUAAUAGCACCUUCACUCAUGGAGAUGUAAAAACGAUAAUCUAUUAUAUUAUUAUAUGCUCGUAUUGUAAAGCGUAAUUUUAUGUAUUUUUUAGGCCUCCUAGCCUAACCGAUAGUGACCCUGCCUACGGAGCAGGAGGUGCCGGGUUCGAAUCCUGGUAAGAGCAUUCAUUUUUGUUUGUUACAAAUGAUCGUUCCUGAGUUAUGGAAGUUUUCUAUUUAUAAGUAUUUACAUAAUAUCUAUAAAUGUAUUAUGUCAUGUAUAAUGUAUAUUAUAUAAUAUAUAGAAUGAUUACUGUGGGACUAAGUCGGUUUGUGUAGGUAUAAUACACCCUGAAAUGUAAACUGACUAUUUUGCCAUAGUUUACAAUUGUUUAAUAUUUACAAUACAUACGGGUAUGUUCAUUCCCAUUGCAUUUUUGACGAUGUUAUAAGUUUGCCCACCGGUAAUUUAUACACUAAUAAUUCUGUAAAAAAUAAGUUUUUAUGCCAUAGCCUUUAAAAAGAAAUGAAGAAUAUCUGGAACAAUGUGCAGUUUUAUAACGAAAUAAAUAGUUAUACAUAGAUAAAUAAUCACUAUCACACAUAGUAUAAAACAAAGUCGCUUUCCGCUGCCUGUCCCUAUGUAUGCUUAGAUCUUUAAAACUACGCAACGGAUUUUGAUGUGGUUUUUUUAAUAGACAGAGUGAUUUAAGAGGAAGGUUUAUAUAUAUAUAAUUUGUAAAGGUUUUGUGUAAAUUAGUUGAACUACCCGUGCAAAGUCGGGGCGGGUCGCUAGUAUAUUAUAUGUGGCAAACGCCAGUAUUAAUUUCAAAAUAAUUUUAUUAUAUAUAUUAUCUCCGAUAGUGCUAAAUGUGCCUCUUUUCGAUGAUUGUGUGUAGGAAACGAAAGCCAAUUUUGAGGCCUUCCACGACAUUGUCGCUUACGAAAUGUUUUUGCCUUGUAUGGCGGCUACCUCAGUCAAAUGCGUACAGCUCGACAAUAUAGUUCGAAAUGCACUGACACUUUGUUAGACAAGCAAUGAAAUAUUACCAGAACAGACCAAAUACCUUUCAAAAAGUAUUAGAAGAAUGCAAGGGCCUGACACUCUUUGAUAGAGAAAGAUAGUCUUAUUGCGAUUCCUAUAAGAGGAAAGAGAAAAUAGUGCCAUGCUUUGUCCUUAUCACCGACCGGGUUUUUUUUCAUGGUCGGGUUAUGGCAGCAUAGGUAGGAGGCGAUGGCGAAAUACUGAAAUUUAUAGGUGAAAGAGAAAAAGGAUUAUGCUGCCAUACAUUAACCUGUCAAUACAUGAAUAUGUCUUUCUCUUACCCCUGGUCGCUCGGUUUCAUGUCUAUAACUACUAUACUAUGUCUAUGGAAGAAUGGCAUUUCGUAAGCGGCAUUCUAGUGUAACUUUCACAGAAUGAUUUUGACAUACGAGUCGCUUAGCUUCAAACUCGGGUAAACAUGUGGCAGAUUAUGCGCUAUUGGUAUUAAGAAAAGGUAAUAGGGUAGAUAUUUGCUGAGAGGGUCAAAUGGAUUAACCCGAGUUUGAAGUUAAGCGACUUAUAUUUUUUUAGCUAUUUUUUAUAGCCCUCAUAGAUGUUAAUAAUAAAUGACAUUCGGUAGGUACCUAUAUAGCCGUAGCAGUGCUUCAAUAAACCUUUCUGAAAGGUAUAUAUUUAUUCCCCUAAGGCCAUACCAUACAGAUGAAAAAUCUAAAAUUUGCCAUUGAAAUUUUAACCUAUUGUGUAGGAAAUAGAGUUUAUUUUGCGUUGUUUGAAAAUUGAACGAAACAAAGCAAAAGCGACUGUUCCAAUUGAACAUGAUUUAAAUUUUAACUAACUGAAGAAGUACUAUAUGUAGGACCUUCGGCCUUAGGAAGUUAAGGAAAUGAUCCCAUCUAGACUGGUCUCUUAUCUUGAGCUCAUUUGUAACUUUUUUUUGAAAAUAAAAUCAUGAUUAACAACAUGAAUACAAUAAGAGAACAUGAUUAAGUACUGAUAAUAAAAAAAGGAUAAGCGCUUAUUACAGGUUAAGUAAAAUAAAUUAUAUAUCUAAUAAUAUUGUCUUCGGUUACCGCGAUAGUUACUCAUGAAAUAAAACUAUGAAAACGGAU